ACUACAUACCUAGGCAUGGGUUCCCCAAGAGAAUUAGGUCAGAUAAUGGAACCCAUUUCAGGAAUCAAGAUCUGGCAGAGGUGGAGAAAAUGUUGGGAGUCCAGCAUAAGUUUGGGACAGUGUAUCAUCCGCAGUCCCAGGGGAAAGUAGAAAGAAUGAACCUAAAUUUGAAGAAUAAGUUAGCUAAAAUCUGCGCGCAGACAGGGUUAAACUGGGUUGCAGCCCUGCCAAUUGCUUUGAUGACCAUAAGAUGCUCUGUUAACCAAUCCACAGGUUUCACGCCCUACGAGCUGCUGACAGGACGGCAGUUUCCGGCGCCCUGGACAGUGGUCCCGGUAGAGCAGCCCAGAAAAAGUAACAGGUCUCAUGCUGAAUAUUUUAAUGAGUUGAAAGCUCUUGUGUCCAGUUUCACAAAACAGGUUACCUCUGGAAGACCCACAGUAGGAGGGGAGGUCCCAGACGCAAAAGCAGUGUGGCUGAAAGUCAUUAAGCGGAAGUGGAAAGAGCCUCGCUGGACAGGUCCGUACGAGGUAACCGCCCGGACGACCACAGCGGUCCGACUGAAAGGGAAAGGCGACACCUGGUUCCACUGGACGCAGUGUGCUGCAGCAGACGAGAGCUUGGUACAGGACAACCCCACUAUACCUGACACAGGUGCCAACGAGCAGAGGCAGAAUAAAUCCUCUCACCUGUGCAACGGGCCGAACAGUAGUCUACCUGGGAGGCCGAAGCAAGAAGAACAGCCAAGGAGGAGAUCCCCGCGCCAACACAAAGGAGUGGUAGCCCAGCGCAACCCACCUGAGCACGGAGGCCAGCCCAGCCCAACACUGACUGAAAAACCGAAUACCGAAAUGUGGCCGCUGAAAAGACCCAAGCGUGAGGUGUCAGGUAAAAGGGAUGGUUGUCUCAGCGCAUAUAAUGGCAUGGAACUGGACUACGUUAAAGGGUCCACAAGCUCAUACACGUUUGAUCUAUGUGAAGUGAUUAAUUGUAAAGGAGCAAACAGCAGCUGGAGGGGAUAUGAUGUGUGGGUUUGCAGCCACCCUGACGUUUGCACACGGGGAGGGAACCCUCACUCCAGCCGGGGAAUCCACCCUGUACUGGCGUCAUACACAGCAGCACAGUGGUGCGCCCCUGGCUGGGGGAACAUGGUAAGUUGGACCGGAGUAGGGUGGCAGCCACAUGUGCCUGAGGGAUUGAAGGGAAUAGCAAUUCAGAGGGAUUUCUCUGCUGCCCAAAACCCUAUCACACUCUCUCUGGGCCCCUGGAACACCCUGCCCAGGUCAGAUAGCCCAGGAAACGUGUUCUACCUGGUAAUUGGGGUAGACGUGUCAGGUACAGAUCCAAUAGGAGUAAUUAGAAUAAACUUAGUGAAUCCCAUGACUAACAAUGUCACAAAUUUUGUCACGAACAUUACAGGAAAAGGAGGGGACGGGUCGCCAACCGCUACACCAGAGGAACAUGAACCAAAAGGUAGACGAGUGUUGACGGUCGAUUACACUAGGCUGAAGCCGCAGGAUUUAAUCGAGCGUGCCACCGUUUUCAGUGACAGUAACCUCUGGCUGGACUGGGUGGCCCAAAAUGCUAAAGAACAACAAGUAUCUAACUGUGUUGCUUGUGCUUCAGCUAGGCCGCAGUUGUUUACAGAGCCCGCUCCACUGUACCCAGAGGACAAGUGGGGGUACGACUGCAUGCUGCGACUUACUAGAGGAGCGGUGAGUGCUGGUAACUGUUCAAUCUUGUCUAGCCUCUUCCCGCCAAUUGACAAGCAGACACAGGUAGGACCAUUCGCAAGUAAAAAAGAUAACUAUACGUGCUUUAAGUUCUCUACAGAUAAAAUGAGAUAUAAGCUGGGAGAGAUUGACCCCAGCUGGUGCUCUGUGACACUCACAGGGAGGACCACUAAUAUAAGAAAUGACUCGAGCACGAUAAUUGGCACCUGGGCAAGAAGUGGGUUGUAUUACUACUGUGGGGAGAAAACUAUUUUGGUUCGUGUACCUCUGGGAAGUGUUGGAACAUGCGCUAUGGUGAGAUUGGGAGCUCCACUGAUGCUAAUAGGAAACAAAGCAAAAGCCGUACCACAAAGAAAUACACGCACAUUGGCAGCUAGACGUAAGAGACACAUAUUGAGAAAGAGAGGGAUUCAGGGGACACAUGCAUACGACCCCCGAAUGGAUUCACCCACCUGGAUUGACUCCAUAGGAGUGCCCAGGGGGGUUCCAAGCGAAUAUAAAUUAGUGGAUCCGAUAGCUGCUGGUUUUGAAAACUUGCCAAUAAUCUCUGCUCUUUUUCCAGUGACCCCGAACAAGAAUGUGGACAGAAUAAACUAUGUUCAUUAUAAUGUGCUGAGACUUUCAAACCUAACCAGGGACGCCGUGGAGGGAUUGGUGGAGCAAUUGGGCCCGACCUCAUUGAUGGGGGUCCAAAAUCGCAUGGCUUUGGACAUGUUGUUGGCGGAGAGGGGAGGGGUCUGUGCCAUGUUCGGCGAUCAGUGCUGCACCUUCAUCCCCAACAACACCGCCCCAGACGGCUCAGUAACUCGAGCCCUGGAAGGCCUGAAAACUCUGUCCAAAACCAUGCAUGAAGAUUCUGGGAUUGAGAAUCCCUUAGAGGGCUGGAUGACAUCCGUGUUCGGGCAGUGGAAGGGGUUUGUGAUUUCUGCAAUGCUUUCUAUCGCUGCUUUUCUAGGAAUUUUGGUCACCUGUGGGUGCUGUCUCAUUCCUUGUGCCAGAGGAUUGUUGGAAAAGGUAAUCACGAGGGCAGUGGAUCCAGGGGGAGUGACCCCGGUGUCCAUGAUGCCAUUGAUGGACAUGGAAUCAGUUGAGGAAGCCGAGGAGUGACACAGCACACGGUAUGGUGACCUCUUGUGGUCAAGAGGUCAAAAGGAGGAAUUGUGGAAUUAAAGAAAUUGUUUUACUGCUACAAUAUAUCUCAUAGCAUUAGCAUCGCAUUAAGAGUAUCACAUAUAGCUUUAAGACGGCAGGGAGACAUUUAACACACUGACACCAUAUUAACCUUUAGCACAGGUGCAGUGAUAACCAUUUUUAUAUUGUUAUAUCCUUAUAUACAUAUUGCAGUUUUGUGCUUAUAAAGAGCUGAAGCUCCCCCAGAUAAUUAAAGGUCACGAGCUUCGUUCGGCGAUAGGUCUGGACGAUCCAUUGGAGGAGAUGCCGGGAGCUUAAGAAAGAUCGCACACAUGCUUACAAAACACAUAUAUAUCACAUAACCUAGAAACAGACCUGAAUAGAGGCCUGAAUGUAUUCAGCAAACAUGUUCCAUUUGAGUCUGCCUAGUAACAGAUGAUGAGAAGGAGAGAACCAGCCCAUGGGGACCCAGAGGCCUGAGACCAUCGCCUUAUUUGGAAGAAGAUACCAGAAAGAGGAACUUUUGUUUCUGCAUUAUUUCUAAAAUUGAUCAAUGUUCUUAAGAUGCAAAUUAUGUGCUUGUAAACGCAUGAGGGGGCGUCAUAAUACCCUGACAUUAUAAAAGCAAAUCGAAAUGUAUCUUUGGUGAAGAUCCUUGCUGAUGUGUGCAGUAACUAUCUUCCCGCGCGUGUGCUUAAAUAAAAUCAUUGUUCUGACCCAACCCUUCUGGACUGUUCUGGUUUUGUA